AUGCCUUCCACACUUUCAGAUCGUCACUUUCUCGACGUUUUCACCACGCUAACGACAACAGGGUCAAGAUGCUCUCUGGCCUACCUGCCGCGCAAGCGCGCUGCCCGCCACCGCGGAAAGGUUAAGAGCUUCCCCAAGGAUGACGCCAAGAAGCCCGUCCACCUGACUGCCUCCAUGGGCUACAAGGCCGGUAUGACCACUGUCGUCCGUGACCUUGACCGUCCCGGUGCCAAGAUGCACAAGAAGGAGAUUGUUGAGGCCGUCACCGUCAUCGAGACCCCUCCUCUCGUUGCCGUUGGUGUCGUCGGUUACAUCGAGACCCCCCGCGGUCUCCGCUCGCUCACCACCGUCUGGGCUGAGCACCUGAGCGACGAGGUCAAGCGUCGCUUCUACAAGAACUGGUACAAGUCCAAGAAGAAGGCCUUCACCAAGUACGCCAAGCAGCACGCCGAGUCUUCCGGUGCCUCCAUCACCCGCGAGCUCGAGCGCAUCAAGAAGUACUGCACUGUCGUCCGCGUUCUCGCCCACACCCAGAUCCGCAAGACCCCUAUCAAGCAGAAGAAGGCCCACCUCAUGGAGAUCCAGGUCAACGGUGGCUCCAUUGCCGACAAGGUUGACUUCUCCCGCAACCUCUUCGAGAAGACCAUCGAGAUCGACUCCAUCUUCGAGCAGGACGAGAUGAUCGACGUCAUCGCCGUCACCAAGGGUCACGGUUUCUCCGGUGUUACCUCCCGUUGGGGUACCACCAAGCUGCCCCGCAAGACUCACAAGGGUCUCCGCAAGGUUGCUUGUAUCGGUGCCUGGCACCCUAGCCACGUCCAGUGGACUGUUGCCCGUGCCGGUCAGAUGGGUUACCACCACCGUACCUCUUGCAACCACAAGGUCUUCCGCAUUGGAAAGGGUACCGAUGAGGGCAACGCCUCCACCGAGUUCGACAUCUCCAAGAAGCAGAUCACUCCCCUGGGUGGCUUCGUUCACUACGGUGAGGUCAAGAACGACUUCGUCAUGCUCAAGGGCUCCGUUCCCGGUGUGAAGAAGCGUGUCAUGACUCUGCGCAAGACCCUGUACCCCCAGACCUCCCGCCGUGCCACCGAGAAGGUCGCCCUCAAGUGGAUCGACACCUCCUCCAAGUUCGGCCACGGUGCUUUCCAGACCGCCGAGGAGAAGAAGGCUUUCCUGGGUACCCUCAAGAAGGAUCUUAUCCAGACUGUUUAA